AUGGAGCUGCCGCCGCCGCCGCUGCUGCUGCUCGGGGUGUCCCUCGUGCUGCUCUGCUUCGCAGGUCUGACAAGAAGCCUAACUAUAACUUCAGUUGACCAGUCAACGUUUGAAAAAGCACAAGGAGAGAAAGUUACGUUGCCAUGUACUUUUGAACUCUCGGAAGAAGAUGAAGGCCCACUAGAUAUUGAGUGGGUAUUGAUACCAACAGAUAAUCAAAAGAAGGAACAAAUAAUAAUUAUGUAUUCUGUAGACAGGGUUUAUAAUCAUUAUUAUGCUGGUUUGACUGGGCGAAUGCAGUUUACUAAUCUUGAUCCCAGAUCUGGUGAUGGUUCAUUGGAUAUCCUGAAUUUAAAGGCAGCAGACACUGGCACAUAUCAGUGCAAAGUGAAGAAGGCUCCUGGAGUUCAAAGCAGAAAAAUACAGUUGACUGUAUUUGUAAAGCCAGCACGGACUAAAUGUUCCAUUGAAGGAUCACAGGAGAUUGGAAAAGACGUUACCUUGAAAUGUGUGUCACAAGAAGGAUCCCCACUUUUGUCUUAUGACUGGAAGAGAGUCUCUGGCACACAGAAUCUUCCUGCCACUUCCGUGCUGAAUAAAAAUACAGGGGAACUUCUUCUGAAAAAUGCUUCUCGAGAGUAUUCUGGUACAUACAACUGUGUGGCCUCAAACAGAGUUGGCACGGAUGAAUGUUCUGUUGAGCUGAAUGUCACCCCUCCCAUAAAUACAGCUGGUAUAAUUAUUGGAGCUAUUAUAGGAACUCUGCUGGGUGUCUCGGUACUGUGUUCUAUCAUCUUCUGUUUAUGUAAGAAGCACAAAGAGAAGAAAUACGAGAAAGAAGUACAUCAUGAUAUCAGAGAAGAUGUUCCACCUCCAAAGAGUCGCAGUUCUACAGCUCGCAGCUACAUCGGCAGCAAUCGUUCUUCCCUGGGCUCAAUGUCUCCCUCCAACAUGGAAGGAUAUACCAAAACUCCAUAUAGCCAAGUCCCAAGUGAAGACUUUGACCGUGCUCCUGCUCAAACCCCAGCCUUUGCACCUUCAAAGGUAGCUGCACCUAAUUUAAGUAGAAUGGGAGCUGUUCCUGUGAUGAUUCCAGCACAAAGCAAAGAUGGGUCAAUAGUAUAAAAUAUUAUUAAUUUAAAAGCUGUUUUUUAAAGUGUUCAUUGUAAGUAUUAGAGAAAACUACGGUGUUCCAUCCCUCAUUUAAACACUGGCAUGAAAUUUUCCUUGAAGAAAAUAUACAAGUUAGUUUGAAAAGCCACCAGUUCUCAUACUUAAGUUUAAACUUAUUCAGAUAUGACAGUUGAACUAUUUGCUAAAAGCAUUAAAGUUCAUGAAUAAAUAUCAGACACUGAAGGUAUUUGGACCUCUGGUAGGUUGCUGAGGAGGCUCUGACACUGUCAGCUGAUGUACAGUUCUGAAUGUGUAACAGUGAUACACAGGAGAAAUAACAAAAGCAUUUCAUGUGUAGACCAUGAAGUUUCUCAGAGUUCUUGAGACUUUAUUCUCAGUUGUGGAAUAGCAGAAAUAUUUUAACUUGGCCACUGUCUGGUAUAGUUGCAGGGGGCUGAAAUACCAAGGAUAACUUUGAAUUCUGUUCAAAUUGAGUAUUUAUGUGGUUCUUUAACCUGGUGAUGUUUGUUUGGAGUAUUUGAACUUAUUUCGAGGGCAGACAGUUAUUUGAUGGUUCAAUUAAUUUAAUUAAUCUAUUCUGAAUUUAUAAGGGCAGCGAGUGGGAAGUGUGACAGGAAACCUUGCAAAUUCUUUGAAACACACAUUUUUCUACAAUAACUAAUUCAGGUCGUGUCAGAUAACUUAAUACUUACAUUAUCUGGUGCAAGAGGUCCUAUCAGGUUGUCAGUAGAAGUAUCUAAGCUCUAAAACCUACAGAUCAACUGUUACUGCCACAGUAAGAAUGAAUUAAUGUAUCUUUAUACAGGUCUUUAAGUUAAUUGUACCUUGCAUUUUGCAAUGCCUGAUUAGAUACUAAGGCAAUGCUCUUAGUUUUUUUUUUCCAAAGCAAUUUCCUAGAAGCUCCAUGGGCAUUUGAUGAAACCUGUUAAUAACUGGUAUUUGAUGUCAGUCCUCUUGCUCUAACCACUGUGGAAACAACUUUUCUCAUAUGCACCUAAGUAGUAGUCAGUCCUUGUUCAAGAUGCUAAUGUCUGGCUGUAUGAAUUCACAAGGAGUUCAAAGCGCUUCAAAUUUUCAAAUUUUUUCUUGCCCUCUUUAACAGCCCUAAAUAUUCUGAACUAAUGUGGAGAGCAAGAGUUUCAUGUAGCUGAGAGGAAAUAAUUACCCAGAAUUUUGAUACAAAUCUCAUGUUGCGAGAUUGAAAAUGCUUCUUCCCAAUUUUGCAAACUUAAAGCAAUACAGGAGAAACACAACACAAUUCCUUGUCUUACUUUCAGAUGCAUUUAAGGACUUCUGGUAGCUUCUGAUGACUGUUAUUAUAUACCUGCAAAAGCUCCAUUUAAAACUCAGUACAGUUUUGUGAAUUCUUUCUUCCUUCCUAUUUUCUGCCUUCUUUGUCUUGUGCUGGGGAGCAGGUACAGGAGAGCGUUUUUUAGCUUACUCUAGCUAGAGAUGUUGAACUGCAAGGUAUUUUGGAAAACUGUAAAUGCAUUACAGUAUGUGCAGUGAUGCUGAUGAAGGAAAUAUCUGAACAGCCUGUUGAAAAACGUUAGGAUUAUUUGUGUGUAGCAACAGUGAGAGGAAACAACAUUACCCCAGGCUUCUAGGUUUAGCAUCUGCUUAUCUGUAGCUGCCUAUAGAUCUGUGAUUAGUUCUUUGGCUUACUACUAAAUGUUUGUCCUAUCUGUAAAUAGGUGCACAAUUUUUGGCUGGCACUAUUAAUGUAAAGAAAUUCCCCUGCCCAUGGCAGUGGUUGGUACAAGGUCAUCUUUAAGCUCCUUACAAGCUAAACAAUUUCAUGAUUUUAACAUACCCUUCAUACUGAAUUUAGAAACUUGAAUGGCUAUUAAGUAAUAUAGUUAGUUUUACACAUUUGGGACUUUUUUAGAUUGUAAACUGAUACUGUUAGAGAUCAGAUUUUUUUAUCUUUCAUGUGUGCCUUGUCAAUAAACUUUGCCUGAUUGUAACUUAAGUUUUUAUGAAAUUUCUGGUGCCUAAACAUACUGUAUGAACAGGUGCUUAGAUGAUGGUACAGUUCUUAAAACAUGACACUGUGAUCUGAUUUCUUGAUUCUUAUGUACUAUUUAUACCUCUUCAUGCCUAUUUUUGGAUGUGAACUUCAGUGUCUCUCUCUGUAUUGUUCUGUAUUUCAAAAUGUCACUUAACUCCUUCAAUUGCUAAUUAUGAUUUGAGUGUUUGUGUUCCUGAAGGCUCUUCAGUUAUUGUACCAGUGAGAGGGAUGAUUGACUUUUAUUGAUGUGGUAAAAUAAUAAGUUUAGUAAAUGUGCCAAACUUAGCUUCUGAAGAACUAUAGAUGAAGAGACAUCUUUUUGCAUCCAAUUAUUGUGAUAGAAGAGAUUUCCAAGAUGUUAAUCAUACACUGAUUGUUUACCUUGAAAUUAAGGCCUUUCUUAAGGAAAAGGGUAUAGUUACUACAAAUAUAAGUGGAGUGCAAGACUAAACUGAAUCACACACUGAGAGAGGUAUAAACCUAAGGAAUCAGGCAGCAAACCUACUAAAUUUGGUUCUAAGCCGUCUGUGGACCUAUGUGUUUUUGGUGGUUGGAGAUUUUUUUGCAAUUAAUUUUUUGUUUGUUUUGAUUUGGCCUGAGACCCUGUAACUUACAGUAAGGUAAGCCCUAGGACACAAACUCAGAAACCUGUCUCAGUAAAGCACAUGGAGCAGAGUUUACACAUGCUUGAUGCUCUGUCAGCUUGUGCAAAAUAAUAAAUGGGCAGAAGGACAGCCUGAUGUGCCCUCAGAGCCUGGCUGUUGGGCUUAGCAGCCUUGACAGUGUCUGUCUAUUUAUGUAAUUGCAUGGAAAAAUGAAAGAAAUGGAAUCUGACACAGUCCUUAUCUGAAUUAUAGAACCUCUGACUUGGGGUAAACUCUGCCUCAAGUUGCUAUCAUCAUGCCUUUUUGGGUGGAUGCAACACUACUAUGAAAACAUAAUACUGCUACUAUAAAUUAUUUCUUUUGUCACUAGAUUUUUCACUUACACUGGAUUAUGAUUCUCAAGAGCAGCUACUAUAUUUUAACAAUAAUUUCUAGCUGUGUGGGAGAUGAACUGGUUAAACAUGUGAGGUGUCCGAUGUGACAGAGAGCUCUGCUGACAGAACAGUUUUAGGAAGUAAUGGCAGCUGAUAUACCAGUUAGGAGGUGGCAUUUUUAAAGUCUCAUUUUGUUUAAAAAAAAUGGGGAGGGGGAAAGGGGAGGGAGGGAGAUACCAUUGUGUAAAUAAUCUAAGUGAGCUCAAGAAACCUCUAGUUAAUGUCAUGACUGUAAACUUGCCUGUUGAGGACUACUAUAUAUAGAAAGAAACCCAUCAAUUUUAGCAUGGUGUGAAUAAAGUGUUAGACUUGUAAUACUGUAGAGGUUACGUAACACUUGUCCAUACAUUACAAGAGUUUUCAUCAACUUUCUGCAGUGGGUAUUUAAAGAUACUUGUGUGAAACUUCCUUCCCUAAAAACAAAUACUUCUUCCAAAACUGUGUGGUGCACAGAAAUGCCUUGUUGGAGGAGUAAAAUAUGACUUUUGAGAGAAAUGUACAAUGCAUACGUCUUUCUCAGCUCUUGAUAGUCUCAUUCAUAUUAGAUGUAUGCUUCCUGUUUAAUAGUGCAAGUAAGACUUCUGAACUGCAAGUUUUUCUGUAAUGCUGAAUAUUGUAUAUUACUGGUUUCCAUUACAAGCUUUUAGUUUUGUUCUGAGCAGUGUAUAUAUUCUGGAUCACUCUAGGUCUUUUUUCCAGUCUAAAGAUAUUAUGCUAUUUGUGUCACUUGAACCUUGUUUUAUACACUGGAUAGGUGCUUUUUGGGGCCCUUUGUUGAAUAGUCCCCUAGCACUGAGGCACAGCUCAGCUGAAAUCGGAGCAAUAACAACUUCCUGGGAUCCAAAAUGUUACAAUGUUACAUUACACUUCUCAUGCACAAAGCAUGAUCUUUGAACAUUAAUAUGAAUUUCAGUAUGAGGUUUUAUAUUCACACUUUUGGGGGAAUGGUAUUUUAAAAUACAGGUAUUGUGAUUGAAUUUGUAAAAAACAAAAUCCAAAAUUUUAAAAUGCUGUAGUUCCAUGACAGACUUGUGUACUUUUUUGAAAUAAAACUGUUGGAGAAAACAGUAGUCUGUCUUUAUUUUAAAGCAGCACUUGUAUAUGGCUUCAGCUUUUUCUUUAUGUAAUUGGAAGUGAACUAAUAAAUAUGGCUGUGUAUACCAUGCUGGCAUGAAUAAUUUUAUUUAUUGUUUCCCCCCCUCUUCCAAGGCAAGUAAAACUUGAGAUAUUUUAAAAUACGCACUUCUAGGUGGGGUUUUUAAUUGUAGAUACAGUUAUUCUGAAACAUAAGGCUGGAAAGGAACUUUAGAUUAAAUUUCAUCCCUCUUUAUUUAAGGUAGAACCAAAAAUUCCUGAAACUGAUUAAUCUUUGUGUUUUAAAGUUCAAACAAGCAGGCUGACAACACUCAAAGUAUGUUGGUAAAAUGCUCGGGGGUUUUAUUGUUAAUGUAUUAAUUUGCAUCUCUUUCAAUUUCAAUGAAGCUGACUUGGGAUACUUUGCACUACUUGGCCUUGCAAACCAACUGAUUAUUGUCCUGGUAAUUUUACAUGAGAUUAAUGUGAUUUCUUCAGGGGUGGAGAUCCAAAGUCUGACAUGGGCUCUAUUUGCUUUGAUGGCAUGUAUUAAGUUCAUAUAAUUGGAGGCAUAAUUAGCUUGCAUUUGCUCAUAAUGUAUGCAUGUUCAUAUGUUAUAGUGCAUGCCUAUCUCCAUGUAUUAUUGUAUUCUGGGCCAGGCCAAAUGUUCCAGUCAUUUCUUUGUAUAUAUAAAAAACCCAAUACAUGUGUGCACAAGCAUGUGAAAAAUGGAGUACUGGUGGAUAAACCUAAAUUUUUUUUUUUUUAGAUUUCAAAUGAAGACUUGUGCUUAAAUAUCAAAGGAAACCUAAUAAAAAAUGGAAGUUCAGAUUUGUCUCUAUAGAGUUCUAAGAAAACUUUCUUGGACUCUUUUAACAUUCAUGUCAAAACUUGGGAAAGGACAGAAGUGUUGAACUUAGGAUGGCAGCUUGGUGGCAGUUUUGUGACAGAUGGCUCUUGCAUGCCUCAGUUGCUCCUCAGGUCUUUUAUUUGGAGGAUAGGUGGCCGUGAACCAGAAGUUGAGUUCUACCUCCAGCUUGUCUGUGGAAUUCCAGCAAAACAGCUAGAAAUUUCCUGAGUGUCCUGGCAGAACAGAGGGCACUCAGCACCUGGUAGCUCUACAGAGCCUCUGUGUUUCUUUAUAUGUGUAUAGACAGUGCCUUGCUUAAAGUGUCAUAAAAGGUCUGGCUGUUUCUCUGAACAUCUUGGCUGUGUCUUUUGAGCUUACUAUCUCAAAUUUGUUUCUCUGAUGGAGCAGCUUGACUUCUUUCAAAGCUCUUUGAUAAUACUGAUAGGCAAUUAAUUGCUAGACUCUUUUAAAAAGUAGAUAAUGACAGCAACUUAGCCUUGUUUCCUAUCUGGAAAAUACAUAAAGCGGAGUAGUUAGUAAAGAACAUAGCUGAUUGGGUAGCAGAAGUGAGAAUAGGAUAAACAAAGCUAUGAAUGUUGCCUACCUUUCCAAAUAUCAGCUUAGUCUAAAACUGCUUUUAGCUUGUGUAUGACUACAGGUGAUUUCUCAAAACAUAGAGACUUGCAUCUUAAUAUAAAAAAUAAUGUGUGUACUAGAGUUAGGAUGUUUCUGUUGCUCUUCUUAAUUUGCUUUAGGCUUUUUUUUUGCAGAAUGGUGCAGGCACAGCUACCAGGGGAAGAGUAUGAACCUUUAAUUUUAUAAAAUAACCACUCUGGCAGAAAACUGCCCUGGAGGAUUGUGUUGUCCCUGCUUCUGACUUCCAUUCAAAGUCAAGUUUCUGGAAAUAUGGAGUCUUUAAGUAUCUUUUGAUUUUUGUUUUGUUGGGAAUCAAAGUCAAUGUCACCCUUGUAAGUUGGUAUUUUGAAGACUUCUGCUUUCAGCUGUUGAAGCACUGGUCAGGUUGCUUUGGAUAUGCAAAGUCACAGUAGUAUUUAGUGGCAGCAGCUUCUAUUUGGGUCCUCAUUUUUAGUAAAGCUUCUUUUGGUCAAUGUUGUCUAGAGAAAGAGAUGAAGGACAAUUGUACUGUAUUAUUUGGGAAACAAAGCACUGCAAUACCUACAGGAAUCCUGCACGGUGCUAGGGCUGAUGGAUGGAUAGAGGGAGGGAGAGGAGCAGCUUUGUAAGGAAGUUGAGCUCGUUGGUUACAUAACUUGAUUAUGUAACAAUUUAAAAAAGUGGCAAUAUUAGAAGAGACAUUACCAAAGAUAAAAUGAUGUGCUUUCAGAUGUUAAUCUAAUUUUUUCUUGGGGGAAAAACCUCUGGAGGCAGUGUGUCCGCCGGGAAGCGCAGGGAGCUGCCUGAUGCCUUGACAGUUGUCCCACUUCCAGGGCUGGAUGCUGUGGCUCUGGGGAGCUGCAGGCAAGGCACGAGCCGAGUGCUGUACCUGAAGGCUAUUGUACUCUCUUUCCCAGAGAAUUGUUCCUAAUUGCGAAAUGUGGAGAGGAAAGCAAUGAGUCUAAUCAGUUUCUGUGGAGUUUUGUACCAGGGAUGGGAAUUCUGGAAGCAUGCAUGACCUUUCCAAUUUCUUGAAGCCUUUCCCUACUCUGGUUUGUAGCAACAUCUGGUUUAGGGGUCUUCAGAGUCUGCAAAGUAUUUAUUAUUUCAUUCAGAGUUGCUUAUGUAGCCAGCAUACCUUCACUGCUUAAAUUGCAGAGCCUUAUACUCUGCCUACCAUCCAUAAUUUCUGCAGGUGAUGACUCUGGUUAUAUUACUACUAACAAUAGUGUACAAAGAAGCAGAAGAAAGUAGAUUCUCCUGAACACUCCAGACAGGGUAAAUGGUGACAGCUCAGCUUUUUGGUGCUCUAGACACAAACAUCUCUAGGGGUGUGGUGGUCACUUUGGUUAGAAUUUGCUAUGAAGGAGUACUGAAUCAGAUGGUAAAGAGCUAUAAAAGUAAUUUAGUGCCAUUAGAAAAUAGCUUCUAAUGAUGUCAGAUUCUGUGUGAGUAGGAAAGCAACUUGAGCUUUUGUUUCUUGUGGCCAGUUACUGCUGUACAAGUGAAGCAACACCUCUUUACAUCUUGUGACUUGUCCUGCUCUGUGAGUUGUAAUUGAAACUAUUAUCCCAUCCAGGGACCUGAAUCUCCCUAUUUUGUGUCACUUGGUAAUAUUUUACCUGUGAAACAGUAGUUGGGAUUAGUCAGAUUUCAAGGAAGUUAAAGUGUGCAGCAGAGCAUUUGUUCCCAGUGUUUAAGGGCUCUGAUUGCAGUCCCAGCCACUCACACAUGACUCCUCAGGCAGCUGAGUGGGUGGUGUUUCAAAGAAACUAUUUUCUGAAGUCAAAACACUUAUGCUAUGCCUUACUUAGCUGUAAGAGAUCAAGAUAAAAUUAAUUUAAGAUUUGUUUCCCAUUACAAUAGCUCAGGUGGGAGGGAGGCUGAUACCUUAGACUAAGAAUAAAGGCAACUGGUGGGAAUACGUAAAACUACUGAAUUGUUUUGACUGCUAAAGAAGAUGCCAAUUCUGGGGCACAGCUGGUGGUUUGUGAAACAUGUCAAAAAGCUUAUGUUGUGGCUGCCAGCACUGCACUUCUUCUUCAGAUAAAUAAAAUGCCCUUCCAUGUCACUUCCAAUCCUGUAACUGUCAAGACCAGAAACCAUUCAUCUCUUUUAUAAAAUACGAAAUAAAGCUUGCAAUUAGCUUAUUUUCACACAUUUUUCCCUCUUUCUUGUUGGUAUAUGAGAAAAAUUCAGACUGACUAAAAGGACACAGCUUGAAAUGAACUGUUUGGUCUUGCUCUGAUUUUGUCCUUGUACUCUGUAAUUCAAAACGAAGUUGCUUAGGCAUUGCAAUAUCUUUUGCUUCAGACUUAAGCGGUGGUUUGGAUGACCUCUUUAGGUAACCUAUUUCAUUUAAUGAUCUUGUAGUGCUGUUUAAGAUGGGAAAACUCACUAUGUUUAAAACAUAGAACUUCAAAAACCGAAAAAAAUGCUUGGAUUCCCAUACUG